CAUUUUUGUUGCUGGUGAAAAACGAGAAAGUAACACCGUAAUCAAAUUUCAUCAAUUUUUGUAAUAUAUUUCUGAUAUAAUAACAGUUUCGUCGUUUUCAACGAUAAGAUGCCAGCACUAGAUGAGAUCAAGUCCUCCUGGGCGGAUGAGGUGGAAUUGGAUUCCGGUUCGCUGCCUCCGCCGACGGAAAUUAUCGAAAAUAAUCAGAAAAUCGUUACGGAGUACAAGUACAAUAAGGAUAACAAAAAGGUGAAGGUUGUCCGGACGUACAUGAUCACCCGGCUGGUCGUGCCGAAGAGUGUGGCCAAGCGGAAGGCGUGGGCCAAGUUUGGCGAUUCGGCUAGCGAUGCACCGGGACCGAAUCCCCAGACGACGAUGGUUUCGGAAGAUAUAUACAUGCAGUUUGUGAAUAACAAGGAAGAGGAACAGAAGCCCGAUAAUGCACUGGAUGCGAUUAAGAACGUUGCCAAGUGUCGUAUUUGCGAGGGUGAACAUUGGUCGGUGCAUUGCCCGUACAAGGGAACCCCGAUGGAGACGGGUAAAGCUAAGCAGCCUGCGGCUGCGGAGCCACCGACUACCGGUGCCCCAUCGGUUAAGAGUGGUAAGUACGUACCGCCGAGCAUGCGCGACAGUCAGAAGGCCGGUUUGGGAGCGAAUCUGCGAGGCCGCGACGACACGACCGCCAUUCGUAUCUCCAACCUGUCGGAAGCGAUGACCGAAGCCGAUCUGGAAGAGCUGGUCAAGAAGAUUGGACCGCACAGUAAGAUGUUUUUGGCCCGCGAUAAGAACACCGGCCUGUGCAAGGGAUUCGCCUACGUACACUUCAAAUCCCGCCGUGACGCUGCGACCGCCAUCGAGCUGCUGAACGGGCACGGUUACGACCAUCUGAUAUUGAACGUCGAAUGGUCCAAGCCGCAGAAUCCGCAGUAAGCCGAAAGCCGCGUUCGUAACACAGGUCUGUUGUAAGUUUAUUGGAAAAAAUGCUUAUCUUUAGUUUACCGGAUGGUAGGCUGGAUUAAAACUGUUCUUAAGCCACCCAGAUUAAACAUGUUUUGAAAACGAAAUGGAAUAAAAUCAACAUUGGCUC